AAUAAAGCUUAAACAUUAAAUUACCCUAGACAUUACGAUAAGAGAUGAAUUCAAACCAUUAGAUCCCAGACUCGCCGUCUCCACUUUUCGCCUCAACAGCCCGUUUAUUCCCAUUCACGAUGGGACAGGUCUUAGACAAAUUUCACGGUAAGCAAUGGAGGGAGAAACAAAUAAGAUUGAUAGCAGAUAAAGUGUAUGAUCGCAUAAAAAAUCAACCUGGAAGGCCUAAUUUGACAUUUGAAGAUUUAUAUAUUGCUGUCUUGCUUGUGUACAAUGACAUUAAUAAGCGAUUACCAGGCCCUCAUUUUGAUCCGCCCUCAAAAGAGCAAGUCAGAGCUAUGAUGCAGGAUUGUGACAUAAAUUUUGAUGGCGAACUCGAUCAUGAAGAAUUUGUGAACUUUAUUUGCCAGCUAACAUCAGACACGUUCAUUGUUGUUAGUCAAGGACUGAUCAUUACUUUGGCGGUAGCACCAACUGUUGCAAUGGCAACAAAGAGGGCUACCGAGGGGGUGCCAGGCGUUGGAAAGGUGGUGCAAAGGUUGCCCAAUGCAAUAUAUGCAUCAUUAGUGACUCUUGCAAUAGUCAUGUUCCAGAAUUCGCGCCACCAAAUUUAAUAGAGAUCAUUCAUUUUCCAUUCAGUUGUUGAAUCAUAUCACAUAUUGUAUGUAAGAAUACUUGUAUUCAGCCACCAGUAGAAUGAGGCUGCAAAACUUUAUAAAUAAUUGCGGCUCUUAAAUAACUGGGGCAAUAACAGUUCCAGAAAUCUUUAGCUUAGCCUCAGUUUGUUGGCGUUUAAUGUAUUUCACUCUCCGUGAUGAAAUUUGGUUCUUGUAGUAGCUAUUUCUAGCA